AUGGCCGCCUCCACCAUGUCUGUCUGCUCUGAUGCUUGCACCAAUUCCUCCUGGCAGGUGGAUGACUGCCCAGAGAGCUGCUGUGAGCCCUCCUGCUGUGCCCCCAGCUGCUGCCAGCCCAGCUGCUGUGUUCCUUGUUGUGCCCCCAGCUGCUGCCAGACAAGUUGCUGUGCCCCCACCCCCUGCUUGACCCUUGUCUGCACCCCAGUGAGCCAUGUGUCCAGUCCCUGCUGCCAAUCUUCCUGCUGCACACCCUCAUGCUGCCAGCAGUCUAGCUGCCAGCCAGCUUGCUGCACCUGCUCCCCCUGCCAACAACCCUGCUGUGUGACCCUUUGCUGCAAGCCUGUGUGCUGCACACCCAUCUGCUCUGGAUCAUGCUGCCAGCAGUCUAGCUGCCAAUCCUCCUGCUGCCAGCCCUCCUGCUGUGUGCCUGUCUGCUGCAAGCCUGUGUGCUGCACACCCAUCUGCUCUGGCUCCUCCUCCUGCUGCCAGCCCUCCUGCUGUGCUCCUGUGUGCUGCAAGCCCUGCUCCAGUGUGUCCCUGCUGUGCCGCCCUGUGUGCAGACCUGCCUGCUGUGUGCCCAGCUCCUCCUGCUGUGCCUCCUCCUGCCAGCCUAGCUGCUGUGGCCCAUCCUCCAGUGUGUCCCUGCUGUGCCGUCCUGUCUGCUCCAGACAGGCCUGCUGUGGCCAGAACUCCAGCUGCUGA